AUGAAAAGGCACGAGGGAUUCAUUGGUCAAAUCUUGAUUUUUAUUUUAGACUUUGUUUUUCCUGGCUCACAUGGGGAGCUGCUCGUUUCGGCGGUGAGUGCCAUGCGGUUCGACACCCUUGCAGGAGCCAACCUCACCCUGACCGUGUUCUUCAGCGGGGCGCCAGACCCGGCUGUGACAUGGUUCAAAGGCCGACUGCCCGUCGUCACUUGGACCAUCGGCUCAGACGCCCCCCCGGACGUGGCGGAAGAAUACAGGGAAGUGCUGAAGCUCGAACCCAACGGAUCCCUCAGCUUUGUCCAUGUGCCGCUAGGCUACGGCGGAGACUACACGGUGGAGAUGACCAAGUCUGGACUGGGGACGGCUUCAAUCAAUUUCACUUUGAGGGUUUUUGAAACCUUCCAGAACGUGACUGUGACCGCUUUUCCUGAGUUAAUCCAAGAGGGCGGUGAACAGUUUCGGCUGCAAUACAGCAUGCUGCGAGGCGUGGUGGAGCAGCAGCUGUGGUUUUUCAACGGCCACCCCAUACCAGGAGGAGAAGACAACUUGCAUUACUUUGUGCAGCCUGCCAGCCUGGCGGUCCGUGACCCCCACCGGAACGACACGGGACGGUACACGGUGUCACUGAGCAACCCCUUCAGCAACGUGGCGCUUCACUUGAACGUCACCAUCUUGUAUGGUCCAGAUGAGCCCAGAAUCCAAAUAAACCCAGUUCAGGACUUUUACAUAUCAGAAGAUUCGCUCACCCUGUCCUGCCAGGCGGGUGGGUCACCGCAGCCACUGGUGAAAUGGAUGUUUGGUGGUGAAACCCUGGCUGACAGCCACGCUGGGGUCCUGAAUCUCACCCGGGUGCAGACCAGCCAAGGAGGUCUUUACACCUGCGAGCUGCGUAACCAAAAGACAGGAGUGCAACGACACCAGAGCGUCGCGUUACGUGUUUAUGAGAGACCACCAGGAAGCCCGCACUGUUCCGUGAUUUCAGAGGACAACCUGAGCUUGCAGUACGGCUGCCAGUGGUCGGGAGGAACGCCACCAGCCAGGCUGUCCUUCCCGAAUGUCAGUGAAGGCAACGGCCUGGAAAACUUCACCUUGACCAUGAACGCGUCAGUUGAACUGGAUGGGAAAAUGGUCACCUGCGAUGCCGAACACCCCGUAGAACACAACAAGUGUAACGUCACAGGAAAGAGUCCACAGAACUUCCUCCCAGCCGUGAGAACCCACGUGGACUCUGAGGGCAAAAUAGUGGUGAGCAUCCGCUGCCUCAGCCGGGCCGCCCCCUCCGCCGUGGUGUCGUGGUUCCGAGGUGGCGAGCCGGUUGGCGACGGGUAUCUCAUCAGUGUUGACACCACCCGCCUCGACAUCCGCCAUCGCAACGUCAGCAUGCUCUUCCUCCAGAACUACACCUGCACCUGCCGCAACCCCCUGGGUGGCCGCAGCAAAGACGUCCAAUUGCAAGGGCCGUCCAUCUCCAAUUUCAGUUUGUUCCCGCACAAAGACGGAACCAUCGUCACGUUGACUUGGGAAGUCCCGCCUACCUCCAUCGUCACAGGUUUCGACAUCCAGAUGAGCGGACCGGCCUUGGUGAGUGCAGACGGUAACGUCAGUCAGUCCAAAGGCAGCACAGACGCUUUCUGCACCAUCCUGCCCAAACCCGGGUCGGCCCGACGCGCUGACGUCUUCCACCUGGAUCCCAAAUCCACGUAUCACUUCCGGGUUCUUCCCAGAGCUCUGAUGGCCGAAGGCCGGCCAACGAAAGCCCACCGGAUCGGCCCUGGUGAGGGUCUGAGCGGUCCGGCCAUCGCCGGCAUCGCAGCUGGAAUCCCGUGCAGCCUUCUCUUCCUGCUUCUGGUGUGUGGCCUUGUGUAUUUGUGCCUCUACUGGAGCAGAGUUAAAAGACGGCGGACGAGAUAUCCAGUGUCCAGAGCCGCGGACAAGGUAACAACCACCCAGACGCAGACACCUCACAAUCUGCUGCAAGGAGGCCCAAAGUCCCCCCCCGACUACAACCGAUUGCGUCAGGCGCCUUCCAUUCUUUCAGUGGCCCCGCCCUCCUUCGUCCCCCCACCUCCCGUCAGAGUUGCAACAACAGUCUGAGCCAAUUGAGUUUUGGACAGUAGGCUUUAUUUUUCAUUUUGUAUUGUGAUGUACAUAUUAUCUAUCCUCUAUUAGUG